AUGUCCAAGCGACUUAGCGAGAAAAAAAUUGCCGUGCUUGCCACCGAUGGUGUCGAGCAGAUCGAGCUGGAGCGGCCGUGCACCGCCCUUAAUCAAGCGGGCGCAGAAGUGCACUUGGUGUCCCUCAAGGCAGUUUCCAUCCAGGGCGUCCACCAUGAUCAAAUGGGAGACAAGUUUGAAGUCGACAAAACGAUCGAUGAGGUGAGCGCCGAGGAUUACGACGGCCUCGUGCUCCCCGGCGGGGUCUUUAACCCUGACGCGCUCCGCAUGAACGAAACAGCCGUCGACUUCGUCCGCGACUUCUUCAAGCAGGGCAAGCCCGUCGCGGCGAUCUGCCACGGCCCCUGGUUGCUAGCCGAGGCCGAUGUGCUUCAGGGUCGCAGCGUCACGUCGUGGCCCAGUAUCAAGACAGACCUUAUCAACGCCGGCGCCAAGUGGGUCAACAAGAAAUGCGUGUGCGACAAUGGCUUGGUCACCAGCCGUCGCCCGGACGACCUCGACGCCUUCUGUGAAAAGAUGGUGGAAGAAUUCGCCGAGGGCGUGCACGAGGAGCAGUCUGCUUAG